AUGCAAUUGAUUGUUGUAGACAACCACGUGAUGAUAACUCAAAAUAAGUCCUUCGAAGAAGCGCAUGAACUAAAGCGUUUUGGUCUUAACGUGUGGUCUCUACCAUUCAAAGAACGCACGAUUAACAGACAAAAGCAGAUAGCGUAUUUUUUUCAUAAGUAUAGGGACUGCCAUGCGUCAGUCAUUCAAAACGAUAAAUGGGGGUAUAAGCCUCUACUUGAUCCAUCUUAUUUACUAGUUAUUGAUCCUAAAGUGAGAGCUAGGUUAAAAUUAAAAGGUCACACCACAGGGACUCCAUUAGACAGCAAUAAUGCUCUGGUACCGCGUGUUGUAGAAUCCUGCAAACGGUUACUCCUGGUAAUUGUAAGGAUUGCCUCAGGCAUGCUGUAA